UCUCACCCUGUAAGUGUCAGUGAGGUGACGUGAGCGAACGCCGACGGUUAGAGUGGUAGUGUAUGUUAAAGGAUUGUGUAGAACAGAGUGUAUGGGAGUAAAAUGCUGUAAUAUUCAGUAGUGGGGAAAUGAAAGGAGCUAUAUUGAGAAACACGUCUGUUAGCGCUGGCCGAGCCGGCCUUGUUAAACCGAUUAGCCUCCAUCAAUCAGGUCCUAAUUAGUGUGGAGUUGGAGCCGGAAUGUGACGCAGGAAACCGGAGCAAGUUCGUUAAACAUGGAUGAGGCAAUGGGAGAAAAUGGAACACACACACACACACACACACACACACACACAAUGGACUUUAGGGAGAGUUACAGUCAAUCUGCUGGCUUUAGAACUCUGUCCUGAUCACACACUCGGUCUGCUGCCAGGUUACAGGUCUGUAUGCACGUGUGAGUGUACAGGUGUGUGGGACUGUUACAGGUGAGUGUGUGUUUGGGGUGUUUUUGGGGGUGUGAGUGUCAUUUUAGCUCCUGUCCUCUCUGUAAAGGCUGUGUCCGAGGUGUGUUUCAGGUCUGCGUGUGUUUAAGGUGUGUUUAGGAUGUGUUUCAGGUGUGUUUCAGGUGUGUUUAAGGUGUUUCAGGUGUGUUUCAGGUGUUUAGUGUAUGUUUCAGGUCUGCUCGUGUUUAAGGUGUGUUUAGGGUGUGUUUCAGGUGUAUAUGUGUGUUGCAGGUGUGUAUCAGCCGAAUGUGUGUGUGUUUCAGGUGUGUAUUAAUGUACUGUCCCAUUCCUGUUUUUGCUUCACAGAUCUAUUUCGGGGUGUCAGUGAGUCUCAGGUGUGUGUGUGUGUGUGUGUGUUUGGAUGCCUGCAUGUGAGUGUGUUUUGUCCGUGCGUGUGUGUGUGUGAAUGAACGCAGUCAGUAUUGGGGAGUACCAUGGGCUGCGGGUGGGCUCGGCCCUCCUCAGUAUCGUAUCCGGCUGCAUCAUCAUCGGCGUGUCUAAAGACUGCGAUGCAGACGCGGUUGGGGGAGUUUUCCUCGGAGCAGGAGGACUGGGUCUCCUGAUCUCCGCGUAUCCGUUCAUCAAAGCCUGGUUCAGCGUCCAUCACAUUUUACCCAACAUCGGAAACUUCAGGGUCCAGCCAAUGGCUCCAACUCCGGCCCCCGAACAGCCCUCUGACUCCCUCAGAAGAGAGGGUAAGUGCACUUAGCUAGAACUGGAGCUCUCGAAGAGCCGCAUGGGGACGUUUGUGGAGGCGGGAGCUGCUGCAGCUGAGGGCUCGCAGGAAGACGGACCCUCUACAGAUGUUCCGGAUAUUUUGGGCAGGCGUAAACCCAAACUCUCAGAGGUGGACCUUCCAUAAACAUCUGAAGCUCGAACCAUCAACUGUGUGAGAGUAUUAUAACACAAUAUCAGUUAGACUCAGACCUACAAUUAAUAUCUGAGGCCAAAACCGUGUUUGCGAGUAGAUGAAACAGGGAUGAGUUGUGCAUGUUAUUAAUAUGAACAUUAGCACGUCUUGGCCAUGAGAUGCGUCUUCCCUCCUGUUGUGUUCCCUCCAUCGCCCCCAGGCCGUCUCUUUCGACUCCAGAUCAAAUGCAAAUGCGACAUUUAUUUUAAAAUCUCCAAUAUGUCUCAUUUCCAUUUCAG